UGUCGGUGUAACGACCGAUGGUUGCACUUGACUGUUGCAUAUACCUUCGCAUUUAUUUACGCUAACUUCACCACUGCACGAUCUUAAUAGACUACCCAUGUCGUCGUAUUCCUCUGUAAAAUUUUAAUAUAUUUUUAUGUAAAGCAAUCAAAAUAUAAUUACCUACUACUUACAAAAUAUAAUUAAUAAUUAAUUACUACGUUACAUUCAUAAUCGCUAAUUGCACAAUAAUUACCUUUCGUAACGUGUAUUUCGGAAGGAAUUGUCUCACAAUUUUCUUCUGCAUAGCAUUUAAUAACUGUUAAUAAAAUAAUUUCUAAAAUAACUAAGGAAAAUUUGUAUGAAAGAAAAGCCAUAUUUGAAUGUGAUUAUUACUAGAUCGUGGAGUUUGCACUGCCGUAUUGGCCGUCUCAUCAGCUAUUUAUAUGAAAAGUACCCCUUAUAGUUCAUGUAACAUUGAUUGCUUUCUCCUCGGGGGGUUAUUUAUGUGUGUAAGUAUCAAAACGUGUUUAACUAAAUGCUUCUGUGUGAGGUACAUAGUCGAAUUUAUAUUGUAUUCAUUUUAAUUCAAUGACUAGUAACGAUCGAUCGUCGGUCUCUUGGAUUUAACCACAUUCGCUUAUUAUAUUGUAGUGAUGAUAACUUUACAAUUUUUAAAAAAUUGAAAUUAAGAAGUCUAGCCGAGAAAAAGCGGUGCGAUGAGGAGCCAGUUAUUUCAAAUUUAAAAUCAUACAUAAUUUUAAAGAAACCACGUGUAGGUUAAGUGUGUAGGUAUGUAUAACAAUGUUUUAUUUUGAUCUACGUGCUCUAUCUAAACUUUUGAAUCCUCAAAUACUGGCAAUGCAGAAAAAUUAAAUUAAUUAAAGCUGUCGGUCUCAAUUCUAAUUUUUUCCACAUUUCUUCUUAAAUUCUUGUAUUUUUUUAUUUGAUAAAUUAUCUUGUAAAUUAGCUAUAAAUAAUAAUCAAAAUAAAUACGCAAUCUAGUGGAAAUUUGCUUUAAAAAAAUCUAAAUUGUCUAUGGUAUCUUGAUGACAUUUUCCGGCGUUCACACUUCACAAUUUACAUUUCAUUUCACACUUUCCGGCAAUCGGCAUCGGCGGAUUACAGUCAAUGUCAAAGUUUGUAGAUGUGUUUUAUUGUACCUACAUUACACUGUAUCCUAAAAAGAGUGCAUUCAAUUACAAAUUAAUACCUGCUCAACUACACCGGCUUUCAUCAUGUUUAAUGAAGAUUUGUUAUUACUACUUAUUUUAGUGUUUAUAUGGGCUGAAUAUCUAUGGGAGCAGUACUUAUCUUUGCGUCAGCUAAAAAUAUAUAAAACAAACAAUACUAUUCCGGAGGAUUUAAAAGAAAUGCUAAAUGAAGAUUCAUUCAAGAAAGCCCGUGUGUAUGGUAUUGAUAAAUCUCAGUUUAAAAUCGCUAAGGAGUUUUAUAGUAUAGCAUUAACCACUGUAAUCCUGUACAAUAGAUGGGUGUAUACGGCUUGGGCUAAAUCUGAAAACAUUGCGUCUAUUUUCGGUAUCAAUGCUGACCAAGAAAUACUUGUAAGUUGCAUCUUCAUGACAUUUGUAACAUUAUUCAAUUUCCUUGUGAAUCUACCAUUUACAAUUUAUGCCACAUUUGUACUUGAAGAGAAGCAUGGUUUCAACAAACAAACGAUUGGGUUCUUUAUUAAGGACCAAAUGAAGAGUUUAGCGCUGAGUUUGGUUAUAACAUUGCCUAUAAUUUCAGUAGCUAUAUACAUAAUAAUGUUAGGAGGCAACAUGUUUAUCGUCUGGUUGUGGCUGUUUACGACAGUUGUAUCCUUGUUCUUGCUCACUAUAUAUCCAUCAGUGAUAGCUCCCAUAUUUGAUAAAUUUGAACCUCUACCUGAUGGUCCGCUAAGAUCUGGCAUAGAAAGUUUGGCUUCAAAACUAUCAUUUCCACUGUCUCAGGUAUACAUUCUUGAAGGUUCCAAACGUUCAGUCCACAGUAAUGCAUACUUCAGUGGUCUAUUUGGUGAGAAAAGGAUAGUUUUAUUUGACACAUUACUUGAAAAAUAUGAUGAAACAAAGAAUGUUACAACAGGUUGUACAGAUAAUGAGAUUUUAGGCGUUUUAGCUCACGAACUGGGCCACUGGAAAUGUAGUCAUAUUUAUAAAUCAAUUGCCCUAACUGAAGUAAAUCUCUUGUUAUUAUUUAGUGCUUUUGGAUUACUUUUUAAGAAUUCUCUGUUAUACACAACAUUAGGUUUCUCGUCAGGUCAAGAACCUAUUAUAAUUGGCUUGAUUGUAGUUUUACAAUUGAUUCUGGCUCCAUACAAUUCCCUUUUAUCGUUCUUUGCUACAGCUCUCUCACGUAAGUUCGAAUUUGAAGCAGAUAACUUUGCCGUGGGCUUAAAUUAUGCAAAUGAAUUGAAAUCUUCUCUUAUUAAGUUAGGGAAGGACAAUUUAGACUAUCCUAUUUAUGACAAACUCUAUUCUGCUUGGUAUCAUUCACAUCCAACUCUACUGCAUAGAAUAGAAAACAUAAAGAAGCAAGCUUCAAAUAGUAAAAAAGAUUAGAUCAUAUCUUUGUCUGCAUUUUUAACAGUACAAUUAUUAUAAUUAUUAAUACUACUUUAGGACUGUAAAUAUGUAUAGUUACUAGUCCAAUCUUGCAUUUUACUGUUUUUAGUUGAAUGAAAGAGUAAAGAGUUAUGCACAAUACUUUUUGAAAAAUUUAGAAUCUGUAUUUUUAUAUAUAAACAAAUAUUGCUCUAAAAUGGGAAGUAUAAUUUAAACAAAUUACCUAAUUAUGUAUUUUAAGUAUUAUUCACAUGUCAUCAAAAAUAUUGGCUAUGGUUAAAAUAUAAUGAUAAGGUUGUGUCUUCAUUUAUUAUUUUUAACUAUUUACAAGACUUAGGCCGCAUUACGAUUUUUUCCUAGAAUUGGUAAACGGCAGGAAGGCUAGAGAUGCACACACAACUUCUAUUAAAAACUAUUUUUUGCGCGGAUUUGCGGUUUACACCCAUUCAUUUAAUUUUGUAACAACUCGCGAUUUUAAAAUCAGUUGCGUGAAGAAGCGCUCAUGAGCGCCCAUUAUAUUGAUUUUAUUGACUCAAAAAAGCCGCUGUGGCUGAACCGUAGUGCGGCCUAUGCCUUAAAAUCAGAUCAGCAGAAAAAAAGGCUUAGUUGAUCUGCAGCCUUAUUGUGUAUUUAAGAUAAUAUAAUUGCAUAAUAUUUUGUCAACACAGUUAGGUAUAUAACUAUAAGAAAAAUGUUUUCGAUUUCUGUAAACCUGAAAAAGUUUAAAUUAAAAUAUUACAACUUUAGUUGAAAGAUCUCGUAGUUUGAUGUCGUAAUUUAUAACCUAUAGGAUUUUAAGGUAAAUUAAAAGCCUGAGAAUUAUAAAAUCCUUAUAUAAUAUUAUGUACUUCUAUAAAUCUUCUGACUGUUUUAAGAUAUAUAUUAACCAUUAAAUGUGUUAUUAGAAAUAAAUAGUAUACAUUAUGCA